AUGCCUCCGCCCGCCUUAGAUGGGCAGGGGGGCCCCCAGCCCCUUGGGGAAGGGGGCCCCUUUGCAGCAGCAGCAGCAGAGACAGAAGACCCCUUGGUGCUUCUAUCUCUGCCGCCUCCAUCUUCUCUGUGUCGGUUCUUACCGUUGCUGCAGCAGAACGCUGGUGCUGCAGCACAGAAGAGCAGCAAGCAGCCUGCAGCAGCAAGCGGAGCAGCAAGCAGGAGCACCAGCAACAAGCUGCAGUCUCCUUCUCUGGACAUAAACCCUGCAGCUUCCGCUCCCCUUGUUAAGCUGUCUCCUUCUCUUCUUCCUGAUGCUUUGCGGCGUUUGUUUCAGAGGGACCCGCAGCAGCUAGCUAUAGACAGGCAGCAGCUAGCUACCGACCAGCAGCAGCUAGCCACGGUAGUAAAGACAAGGGACAUCAACCGGCAUCUAACGUAUACAGCACAUGUCUCCAAGCUCUCCCCUCUUUCUGUUGUGCUGCUGAUCUCGCUGCUAGCUCGCCUGCGGCAGCGGCAGCAGCAGCGGCAGCAGCAGCAGGUGAUUGGCAACCGCCUAAUCUAUGCGCAGCUGCUAGCAGCCCCUCCUUCUCCCUCGCUGCUGCAUCAGAUGCAUGCAGGGAAGCCCUUCAUCUGCUUCUGCUGCUCUCUCCGCUUCUCUUCCUCGGCUGCAAAACUGCUGCAUUUAGAGCGGCACAUGCGGAAGCGCAUGCAGCAGCAGCAGCAACAGCAGCACCAAGGCGGGGGGGGGAGACAGUCUCUGGCUUCCGCCCGUGCAGCAGCAGCAACAGCAGCAGGAGCACCAUCGUGGCAGCCGUGGCCUUCAGUAGCUAGCUGGAUUGCAGCAGCAAGCCGCCCUUUGGAGGAGGGUGCAGCAGCAGCAGCAGCAGCAGCAGAUGCUGAGGCUGCUGCAGCAGCAGCAGCAGAUUCGUCUUUGGCGUUGCAUCAGCAAAUGACAGCAGCAGCACACGUUCUUCUGUCUCUAGGGAGAGCAGAGCUAAGACAGCAAGAGCUACAGGGGCCCUCAGCUACCUCUGGGGAUACACCUGCAGGGGCCCCCAUAGGCGUCUCACGAUUUCCUUCUUGGCUGCCUCCGUUUGUUGCUGCACAGUUUGCACUUGAAACGGGGCAAGCAGAUGCUGCUGCUGCUGCUGAUCCUGCUGCUGCUGCCCAGUCCUCCCUCACAGCGUCGGGGCCUUCAGAAGCUGCCGGCGCAGAAGCCGGAAGCUCAGGAGCAGCAGCAGCAGCAAAAGAAGAACCGCAGCAGCAGCAGCAACAGCAGCAAGCCGCUGGCCUAGCGGCUGUGACGGCAGAGACAGUGCAGCAGCUGCAGCAGCGCGAAACGAAGCUGUGGCAGUGGUGCUUCGCAGCAGCAGACUUCAGCAGCUCCAGCUUUACGUCAACAGGGGGCCCCCCAGGGGGCCCCUCUUUAUGCGGAGAUAGCCUGGCUGCUGCAGAAGACAUUAAAGAUGACGCUGCGUUGAGGUGUAUGCACAAGAUCUCUGCCUCUCCAAAGCAAUGGGCAGCUGCUCUGCUGCAGCUAGCUGCUGCUCUACCUGCUAAGAAAGCAGCAGCAGCAGUUGCUGCUGCUGCCCCCUCCUUUGAAGACCGUGCAAGGGACGCCGCACCCGCCGAGGAGUAUGAGCGUGUGCUGCAUGCAGUGCGUCAGUGCGCAGCAGCAGCAGCGGGAGCAGCAGCAGCAGCAGCAGCAGCAGCAGCGGCUGUCGGUCCCCCUCGGGUCCUCAUGCAAGAGGCCCAGAGAAUGAGACAGUGCUUCUUGUGCUGCUGCUCCUUUGGGCUCAGCCUAGACGAGCAGCAGCAGCAGUAUUACCUGCGGGAAGCAGUUGCUGUCGUGCUUAAGCAGCAGCAGCAGCAGCAGCAAGAACUGCUGGCUGGUGCUAUCGUGGCAGCCAUUGCUCCGGCAGUGCGCUCGGCAGCGUCAGUUGGAGUCAACAGCAGCAGCAGCAGCAACAGCAGCCAAAGUAGCAGCAGCAGCAGCAGCAGCAUGCAGGUUGAGAGAGCAACAGAACAGAAACAGGAAGUGCUGUUGCUGGGACUCGCCGAAGCAGCAGCAGCAAUUUCGAGUACUCCGUUAUUCCGUCUGGCAGAAAUGCAACCUGCUGACAGAUUUUGUGACAGCAGCAGCAGACAGCAGCAGCAGCAGCAGCAGCAGCAGAAGGACGACUCAGCAGCAAAGCAGCAGCAAAAGCAGCAACCAAAGUACGCAAAGCUGAGCGCGUGUAUUGGGGCGCAGCCCGCUGUCUUAUCUGUUGCAGUGGAAUUAGAAUCAGCAGCAUUGGUGCAGCAAUCUGAAGGUGGAUAUCCUGCUUCUGCAGCUGCGGCAGCAGCUGCUGCUGCUGCAGAGGGCCGCGCAGCUAGCGCAGGCGAUGCAGCAGCAGCAGAAGCAGCCUACAGAAGCCUCGUAAGCAUGGAGAUGGCUGACGGGGAACUCGAGCCCCUGCAGCAAGAAAUGUUGGCGCUGCUGCGGCAGCAGCUCCCUGCCCCCAAGCAGCAGCAGCAACGUACAGCAGCUGCGGCUACUGCUUCCGCAGCAGCAGUUACUGACGCAAGUGCAGCAGCGGCAGCAACGGCGGCAGCAGCACCGCAGCAGCAAGAACACUUGGCGUUGGAGGAGGGAUCUGCUGCUCUUGCUGUGCGCAGAGAACAAGGAGGCGCUCUUGUCGGUGGGACGUCUGCUGCUGCAUUUGCUGCAGCAGCAAAAAGGCAGCAGCAACAGCAGCAACAGGAAGCGCCAGCAUCUCCCUUUUUUACCAGAGCAAAGCAGACAGGUUUCAACCUCUCCUCUCAUACAGAAGAGGGCCUGCUCUUUUAA